GUCAGUUCGCUCUUAAUUCUACAUCUCACCUCUGAUGUAAUAAUCAGCACUAUGAUAAACAAGAGAAAUUAGCUUGGGACGAAUAACUAAGGAGAACUUCAAUAAUUGAUGAACUUCUUCUCUAUAACAACGGUUGAUAAACAGUUUUCUGAAAUUUCGCGUAUCGACAGUUUGGUUUGUGCUUCCCCGAUUGACACUGGAACUCUUCAGUCUCGGGAGAUCACAAAUUGCUGUCGAUAAUGUGACUUCUGAUUAUUCCAAGUAUAAGCAAGUGUCAGAGGAUAUCGACUUUUGAAAUCAGGAGCGCUUGAUGUUUUCUUCCUGUAACUCGGCAGUGAUAGAACGCCUUUUUUUUACUAUUAGGCCGGUAAAAACAAACGAACUAAGAAGAAAUAUAUUUUCUUUUUUCACGGAAAGAAUUUAUCAUGUGCAAGGAAAAUUUUUACAAUGAUUCGAUAGUUUGCUAUCGUUUAAAUAACCUGUCCUUCUGCAAAUAAGACGUUUUGUAAUCGGUGGUUUUGGGGGUAAGGUAAUAUUUUAAGCACUGACAGUUUUAUCAUGUUUUAUUAAACUGUACCGGAUUAUGUCAUAUUAGAAUUAAAAUGGAGGUGUUCCGGUGUUCGUUAUUUUUUCUGUUAGCGACAGUUUUUGCGGAAAAACGUAGAAUUGCACGCUCGGAGCCCGAAGGGGAUCUUGUGAUCGGGGCCCUCUUCCCCGUUCAUAAGGGUCCUAAGGAUUUGACGGGGUACACUCGAACUUGUGGCGAGGUAUGGGAGCAGUACGGGAUUCAUCGUGUGGAAAUAUUUCUUCGGACCCUUGAGGAAAUUAAUAACGAUCAAACCUUACUACCAAACAUCACACUGGGAUACGACAUUCGUGAUUCGUGCUGGUAUUCUCCUAUUUGUUUAGAACAAAGCAUAGACUUCAUCAAGGACUCUAUAGCAAGUUUGGAUAAAUCACAAUCAAAAAAUACAACGGGUCGGUGUAAAACUGAAAAUCGAAAACCAAUUGUUGGUCUAAUCGGACCUGGGACUAGUCAAAACUCCAUACAAGUUCAGAAUUUACUGCAGAUUUUCAAGCUUCCACAGAUUGGCUAUUCAGCUACAAGUAUGGAAUUAAGUGACAAGAAUUUGUACAAGUACUUUAUGAGAGUGGUUCCCUCGGAUAUGUUUCAAGCACAGGCUCUCUUGGACAUAGUGCUGCAGUUCAACUGGACGUAUAUUUCAACUGUCCAUACUGACGGGAAUUAUGGACAAAGAGGAAUCGAAUCAUUUACAAAACUAGCAGAAGAAGCUGGGGUGUGUAUAGCAAAAACCGCCAAAAUUGCACGUGGAGCUACGGAUGAUGAACAUGUAGAAAUUAUUAAGAACCUGAUGAAGAAAGAAAGGGCAAAGGUCAUUGUAUGUUUCUGUGACGGGGAGACGGUCAGGUCGCUCUACAACGCAACCGCAAUGGUACCUGGUGCCAAAAACCAUUUUCUAGUUUUAGGAAGUGAUGGCUGGAACGACAGACCGGACGUUGUCAGAGGAAAUGAAGAAAAUGUAGCUGGAGGGAUGUCAAUCAAGCUGACGUCACCAAAAAUUAAGGAUUUCGAUCCCUACUUUAACAGCCUAAACCCCUACACCAACACACGGAACCCUUGGUUUAAAGAAUUCUGGGCAAAAACCUACGAUUGCACAUUUGAUGACAAAGUAGUUAAAGAAAAAGGAUUCAAGAAAUGCACAGGAAAGGAAACAAGGAGAAACGGAGAAUAUGUACAGGAUUCCAAACUUGGUUUCGUCAUCAACGCUAUAUACACCAUGGCGCAUGCGCUACACAAUAUGCGGGAGGACAUAUGCGGUAGUAACGCAGGGCUUUGCCCGGAGAUGCUUCCAGUCAAAGGAGAACUGUACCUAAAUUACCUAUUGAAUGUUUCUUUGACAACCUAUAGCAAUUAUGAACUUCACUACGAUGAAAACGGAGAUCCGCCAGCAAGGUACGACAUUAUGAAUUUUCAAAAGAUCAAAGACGAGACGGGAAAUGUGACGUAUAAAUACCUCCGAGUGGGACGCUGGGAAACUGGUCAGCUCUCUAUGAAUGAGUCUAUUAUUUAUUGGCCGUCCAGUGGAUUUGGUAACCCGGAGGCAUCCGUCUGCAGCGACCCCUGUGCCAAAGGUUCAAUCAAGAAAUUAGACGAGCAGACGAAAUGUUGUUGGACCUGUAUUCCCUGUAAGGAAAACGAGAUAAUGAUGGAUUCCAACACGUGUAAAGCAUGCGCAGUUGGCUGGUGGCCAAAUGAGGAUUUGACAGCUUGCAAAGAAAUAGAGAUAGAGUACUUGAAGUGGCACGACACGGAGGCGGUUGUGGCCGUGGCCUUUGCUUGUUUAGGAAUUUUCGGCACACUUUGGAUUGGCGUAAUCUUCAUAUGUCACAACGACACCCCUGUAGUUAAAGCAACAACAAGAGAACUAAUGUACAUUAUAAUGUUCGGAAUCAUCAUGGCAUUUUCUUCGAACUUUUUCUUAGUGGCCAAGCCAACGAUUGUGACGUGUUACUUUUCAAGGAUUUUACCUGGCUUAUCAUUUUCCCUGAUAUAUGGCUCUCUAGUCACGAAAACCAAUAGGAUCGCAAGGAUUUUGCAAGAAACGAAGAAGAUCAUCACCAAAAAACCUCGAUUUAUGAGUGCGUCUGCUCAAGUUAUUAUCACUUGUAUCCUUGUGGGAAUAGAGUGUGCCAUCAUUACGGUGAUGUUAAUCAUAGAGCCUGCUGAUUCAAUGUUGGACUAUCCAACUAUAAAACGCGUUAGACUCAUCUGCAAUACGACCACAAUGGGCAUAGCGGUCCCAUUUGGUUUCGAUCUGAUGCUUAUAUUCAUGUGUACGCUCUAUGCUAUUAAGACCAGGAACCUGCCAGAAAACUUUAACGAGGCGAAAUUUAUAGGUUUUAUUAUGUACACAACGUGUGUCAUUUGGCUGGGGUUCUUUGCUAUUUAUUUUUAUCUUGAGAGUGGAACAAUGGUUUUUGCUGUGUCUAUCGCCAUAAGUGGUAGUGCCACUGUAGCCUUGGUGCUUUUAUUUAUCCCCAAAAUAUAUGUCAUUGUCUGUGCUCCAGAAAAGAACACAAGAAGUGCGUUUGCUACUUCCAAAGAAGUUCGCUGCCAUAUUGGGUCAGUUUCAUAUCAUUCCGAAAGCGGAAACGAUUUUGGGAAAGAAAGGCCCUUCGAGAAAGGAAGUGGGUUGCUACACCGUAAAAAGUUUUCAUUUGGCAAGUUAAAACUAAACCACAAACAGACGGCCAACAACAGAAAGGAGACUGCCUCUCUCCCACCCAAUAUCAAACUGAACCGCGAGAAUUCCAUGCACAUCCGCAUUCCAAAUCACCAGAAGUUUCCCUGGAGCAAGAAAGAUCACUCAAAUUCGAAUUCAGGCGAUGAAGAUGAUCGAUUAUCGACAAUAAGUUCAAAAGAGGAAUCGCGAAGUGGAAGUGAAAAACGAAAGAAGAAAACGAAACAAGAUUCGGAAUGUCAGACAGACGCAGAGUGGUUGGAGCAUUUUGUUGCAAAAUCAUCCGUCAGAAGACGAAAGCCUGACAAAAAUUGUCAUGAAUCGGACGGUUCUAUCAACAGUGAUGAAAUUUUCUUAUCUCUACCCGUAUCGGACUCAACAGAAAACAGGGGAAUGUAUCGGCUUUCCCCGAGGCAUUCCGAUCGUAGUCCUUUAUUGGGUGGUUAUGAUUCCGCCUUGGAAGAGGAAAAUAAAGAAGAACACAAUUUUCCAUUAAAUAAUUUAUCAAAUAUUCAUGUUGAAGAUAAUGCCAUACCUUCAGUUAUUCCGUUUAAAUCUCAGCCCUUGCAUUCACUGAAUGAACGUGAGCCAUUUAAUGUCAAUCGAAUUGAUAAUUCACGUGUUAAAUUUACUACAAGAAACUCAAGAGAUCCCCUGUAUUCACAUAUUAAUAUCAGUGACGAUGUUCCAAGGAAAGUAAAUGAAAAUGGACAUCUUAUUCAGAUUGAAGAUGUUCCUUUACUCAACAAAAACUCUGUGUCACAAAGGAGGUCCCCUCCAACCCUAAAAAUUGACGAUAGUGAUCUUUACAGAAGAAGACAACAAAAUCACCCUGUUGUUGUGGAGGAAAAAUCAUUAGACAAGGGUCGCUAUCCCUUACCAUUAAUGCUAAAUCAAAUGACUAAAAACAGUGUUUAUCCUUUGAAGGAAGACAGUCACUGCAAUUGCGCAAACCAUGACGUCAUUCCCGAACAGCACCUUCGGCAAAGGCCGAGUGUUGUGUCAAAUACUCUGUCCUCGGGCUCUUCCGUGUCCGUAGAGGAUAUGACUGGGUUUGAUAUUCAUAAGCUAGAGGAGGAGGAAGUGUCUAUGUUAUCUUUUCGAGAUUAUAUGAAGAACAGAGGAAUCGAUUUGGACAUGUCUGACGUUCAGUCGAGUGAAGUAUAGGACAAGUUGUUCUAGAAAAAUU